AUGUCAAGCGUACCGUUCAACGCCGACCCAGACUCCGGUCUAUCAAAGAACCACGAUCCAUACAAACGAUCCCACACUACAACGAAGACCUGGACAAUCGGCACCUUCUCGACGGGAAUUAUCUCCGCCAUCAUAGGCGGAGCUCUCCUAGGCGCAUACUUUCGCGAAGCGUGGAACAAUUGCGAGGCCGCACGCGAGAAACUCGGCGAUGACAAUUUUGAUAAUGUAUCCGAGGAAGACUGUAUGGGACCAGGCCAGUUAUUUUGGGCUGGUGCGUUCUUCAUCGUGGUGUCUUGUGUUCUGGGUGUCUGUUUUGUCGUCUUCUUGAUACUUCAUUGUACCCGUCGAGGCCGCAGGAACAACCCGGGAGUGAUGUAUCACAGCGCUCCUAUCGUCGAUCAGAAUUACGCUCAGCCUUACGAUCCAUAUGCUGCGAGGCUCGCUGGCCCGCCGCCUGCUUACCCUGUGUCGGUGGCACAGUACGAUGCUCAGUCGAGUGCUCAGUCUAAUUUUCCGAUGGUUCAAGUGAACACACCAUCACCAUCACCAUCACCGGUGCCGGAGCCAGAACCAGCUCAUUACGAUCCGAAGCUCCAACAUCCGCCAAAGGAGAAUGCUCCUGAUCGAUUUGCGUGA